AUGUUCUCCCGAUUGGCUGCCUUCUCCAAGCCCGCGGCCAAGGGUGCCGCCGGGUUGAGCUCCGGCCUCCGAGUUCAGACCCGAUUCCUCUCCGGCCAGGCCGCUGGCAGCAAGGGCCGCAAGAUGCCAGUUACCCAGACUCGCGCCACCAGCCCCGUCAGCAACCUCGACGCCACCCUCACUAUCCGAGAUGGCCCUGUCUUCUCCGGCCGUGCUUUCGGAGCCAAUUCAAACAUCUCUGGCGAGGCCGUCUUUACCACCUCCCUCGUGGGAUACCCCGAGUCCAUGACCGACCCCUCGUACCGCGGCCAGAUUCUGGUCUUCACCCAACCCCUGAUUGGCAACUACGGCGUGCCCUCCAACCAGAGGGACCAGUGGAACCUCCUCAAGUACUUCGAGUCCCCUCACAUCCAGUGUGCCGGUGUUGUCGUUGCCGACGUCGCAGAGCAGUACAGCCACUGGACCGCCGUCGAGAGCCUGGGCAACUGGUGCGCCCGUGAGGGUGUGCCCGCCAUCUCGGGCGUCGACACUCGUGAGAUCGUUACCUACCUCCGUGAGCAGGGUUCUUCCCUCGCUAGGAUCUCCAUUGGCGACGAGUACGACGCCGAUGAGGACGAGAGCUUCAUCGACCCUGGCGCCAUCAACCUGGUCAAGCGCGUCAGCACAAAGGCUCCCUUCGUGGUCGAGUCCCCCGGCGCCCGUUUCCACGUUGCCCUGAUCGACUGCGGUGUCAAGGAGAACAUCCUCCGCAGCCUCGUCAGCCGUGGCGCCUCCGUCACCGUCUUCCCCUACAACUACCCCAUCCACAAGGUUGCCAACAACUUUGACGGUGUCUUCAUCUCCAACGGCCCCGGUGACCCGACCCAUUGCCAGGAGACCAUCUACAACCUCGCUCGCCUCAUGGAAUCCUCCCCCGUCCCCAUCAUGGGAAUCUGCCUCGGCCACCAGCUUCUCGCCCUGGCUGUUGGUGCCCGCACCAUCAAGCUCAAGUACGGCAACCGCGCACACAACAUUCCCGCCCUCGACUUGACCACCGGCCAGUGCCACAUCACCAGCCAGAACCACGGCUACGCCGUUGACUCGUCGACCCUCCCCAGCGAGUUCAAGGAGUACUUUGUCAACCUUAACGACGGCUCCAACGAGGGCAUGAUGCACAAGACCCGCCCCAUCUUCUCUACUCAGUUCCACCCUGAGGCCAAGGGCGGCCCGAUGGAUAGCUCAUACCUCUUCGACAAGUACCUCGAGAACGUCCAGCUUUUCAAGGACAGCGAGAAGAUCUUCAAGGACAACCGCCCUACCCAGCUCAUGCUCGACAUUCUCGGCAGGGAGCGUGUCGGCGUCGAGCCCACCACCCUCGCCGCGGCCGCCUGA